GAAAGCCAUCGUCGCCUGAAACGCCUGAUGACCAUAAUGGACAGUAUGAACGACGUGGAACUGGACUCCGAUGAGGGCUCUCGCCUCUUCAACCGUCAACCCUCACGUAUCCAACGCGUUGCUCGGGGCGCUGGCGUUAGCCAGGGUGAGGUGAAACAACUGCUCACACAACACACCAAGUUCGCCCAGGUGGUGAAGAAAAUGGGCGGUAUAAAUGGUCUCUUCCAACAGAUGCCCUCGGGUGGUGCGGGCCCGAGCGCCGGG